GCAGCCAAUCAGAACCCAGCACACCCCAAUCAUCUCUAAAUACCUCCCCACCAUUCAAAUUUAAAUGAAAAGCCUGAGGAUUGUGCCUCCAUUCCCCUGUGGGAGAUGUGAGCCGGAGCCCGGGAAGGGAGGGAUGCCCAGCCUGUAGCCGUAUUCCUGCCUUUCCUGCCGGAGCAGCGGGGGGAUUAGGGGCAGCAGCCGGUGCUGCAUAUGAGACAGGGAUCCUAUUUGCACAGAUUAGGAUUAAGGCUGUAGCCACACAAUGCCCACUGACUUUGCCCCCUGCCUGGGCUCAUUCUGCCUCCUGCUGCUGCUGUGAGGGGCACAACUGGAAAGAAAACUGCCCCCCUCUCUGUCUCUGGGGACCCCACUCUAAUAGGAGCAAGUGCCCUACUGACUCCCCCCGGCAAGGAAUGGACCAACCCCUGAGUACCAGGUAAGGAGAUGACCUGGCUGGGGGUUGUGGGGGCAGUAUGGUGAGGAGACGGAACCUUCUGACCACCCUGCUGAUCGUUCUGCCAUGGGCGCUCCUCUUCACUCUGUGGCACCAGCACCCAACUACCCGAUACCUCACCCUCCUGAGAAAAGACACAGGUGACAACGCCACGGCCAAACCUCUGUUCCACAAUGUGACCCCGGCUAAGGAGGACGACCCCCACUGUGGCCACCAACAUGCCACCCGUCAGACCCCCGUCGUCGUCCGGACCUAUGUUUACUCUCGUCCCCCCCCCUGGGCUGAGGAUAUCCCCACCAUCUACGUCAUCACUCCCACCUACACCCGCCCCGUCCAGAAGGCCGAGUUGGUCCGACUGGCCAACACUUUCCUUCACGUCGUCAAUUUGCACUGGAUCGUGGUGGAGGAUUCGCCGCGGAAGACCAAGCUGGUGGCCAAUUUGCUGGAGAAGGCCGGGAUCAACUUCACCCACCUGAAUGUAGAAAGCCCGCGGAGCUUGAAAAUCGGCCUAUCCCGGACGCCUUCUCAUAGUCCCCGGGGGACCACUCAGAGGAAUUUGGGUUUGCGCUGGCUCAGAGACAAUAUCAAUGCUUCCAACCCACCUGAAGGGGUCGUCUACUUUGCUGAUGAUGAUAAUACUUACAGCCUGGAACUGUUUGAGGAGAUGCGCUACACGCGAACAGUGUCCGUUUGGCCGGUGGCAUUUGUAGGAGGACUGAGGUUCGAGUCUCCGAGGGUCAGUCCAUCAGGCAGAGUGGUCGGCUGGAAGACUGUUUUUGACCCAAACCGGCCCUUUGCCAUCGACAUGGCCGGAUUCGCCAUCAGCCUGCGGCUUAUUCUAGAAAGACCCCACGCUAAUUUCCGGCUGGAAGGAAUAAAGGGUGGAUAUCAGGAGACCAGCUUGCUGAAAGACCUGGUCACCAUGGAUGGACUUGAGGCCAAAGCAGCCAACUGCACUAAGGUCUUGGUUUGGCACACGAGGGCUGAGCGUCCUACUCUGGUCAACGAAGGGAAACGGGGAUUCACCGACCCCAACAUAGAAGUGUAGCGACUUGUGCCAACUUUCCCUUUAUUUGCAUCAAUAUGAAGGCGUAAGGAUGAAGCCAACCCCUCGAUCCGUGACGUGGCCUUUCCACUGUUUGCUCCGUCCCCCCCUGGAGGCGCUUCCUUGUACAGUCACAAACAUGGCCGCCUCCACUCGUAUCUGACAAUAAUCUGGACAGAACUGAGGACAAUGUUGCUGCUAAAAAUGAAAAAAGGAGAAAAAAAAGAACAAAAAAAAAAAAAAGAUUUUUAUUUGACGUGUUGCUCGGAUGAACAAUACGCCGGCGGAAUGUCGGCCAUAUGGGGCCGUGUAACUAAGCCAAUUAAAAUGUUCCCGAUGCCUGAA